AUGGACAGUAAAGGAUACCUACGGUCCUAUGGCUGGAUUGAAGGACAACCCCUGAAGCACGGUGGCUUAAAAAAGCCGAUUUUAGUAAAACACAAAAAGGAUAAAAAGGGCCUAGGUUGCGCGCCGGGCCAGGAUGACAGCGAGGUAUGGUGGGAAAAGCUAUUCGAUGGGCAUUUAAAGAACCUAGAUGUAAAUAAUAAUGCCCAAAGUGACAUUCAAUUUGAGAAAAAUCUGACAGCUGAUGUUGAAAUGUCCACAGCCGACUCACCGCUGUAUAGAUGGUUUGUUAGAGGCGAAGGACUCAAAGGGACCAUCGAAAAGAAAUCUACUGUAAAUCAUGUAAUAAGUCAAGUUAUCAGAGCAGAGGAGGGUGAAAAAGUGUCUGUCAAAAAGCGUAAGGUACCAGAGGAAAGAGAUGUUACAGAGCCACAAACAAAAAAGAGAUCACUCAAAAAGAAGAGGGAUAAGAAAGUGAAGAAGGAGAAGAAGGAGAAGAAGGAGAAGAAGGAGAAGAAGGAGAAGAGGGAGAAGAGGGAGAAGAGGGAGAAGAAGGAGAAGAAAGAGAAGAAGGAGAAGAAGGAGAAGAAGGUUAAGAAGGUUAAGAAGGAUCAUGAGAAGAAGAAGAAAAACAAAGAGAAAAGGGAAAGAAUCCAAGAGACAAGAAAAUGA